AUGUCUACUUCUUGGCACAAAUACGAACUGGUAGACGGCUCAGAUGACCCUGAAGACAUCCCAUUAGUCGCAGUCAAUGAGAAGCCCGUUUGUAGGAUAUGCAAGUGCCACCCUUCAGUCCUUGCUGAACUUGGAGAAAAGGGAAAGCUCCAAGUGUCGCACCCCAGAUUUGGCCCAUUUUACCGUGAAGACGAAUCCGAGGUCAGUGGAAAGAAGGAAGCGUGGGAUAAAGUACUGGAAAAAUCUGGAGGCAGGAACAGAAACAGAACCAUAGAAAAUUACUUGUUUGCAACGAGAAGGGUAGAGAAAAGAGCCAGAGCUAGUUAUGCUGAUGCUGGGGGAGUCGUGCGUAACUUGACAGAGUCUCAGUUCCGGUGGAUGAUGAUUGAAGAUGGUUGCUUCUUCCUCCAGUUGGCAUUAUUCAUCCUCGGUGCUUCUUCCGAGCAACUGGGUUAUCCCGGCAAUCACAUUAUCUUUGGCAACAAAAAGAAGAAAGAGGAUGUCAACAGGUGGAUUGAGGCGAUGUUCUUUGUUGGGAAUCAAAUUCCACUUGUGGUGCUCAAUGAAUUUAUGAAGCAAAGUUUUUUCCAGGAUAUACUAAAAGUAGUGAACUGGGAAACCCCAUCACAACUGCCCAAGAGGAUCUUGUAUGAGUUGCUUGUUCUGCCUGCUCGAGAACAUGUUGCCAAUCAAACUGUUGCAUCACCAAAGCCUCGGGGUGAAGAGCAGCAGCCUACUGACUUGCUUCAUGCGCUCCACUCAUUCAUGCUUGAUCCAGGACGAAGUUUAAGCAAUGUCAACCUCGUUGACGCUGAUACAGGGGAUGUUGAUUUGGGGGACAGCAGGGGAGUCCAUGGAGCCAAGGACCUGACUCUUAGCGCCUCCGAGUUGAAUAAGAAGGGAAUCCGUUUUAGGAAAGUGAAAAAGGUGGGCUGUACAGAGAUAAGUUUUACAGACUACUUCAUCUUUGCUCGUCUUUACUUGCCGGUAUUCACAGUUGGUGAUGAUACAGAACUAGUUUUCAAAAGCCUGAAGCAUUACGAGGAGAGUCAACAACAGGGCAAGAGCAAACGCGAGGUGAGAUCCUAUCUGCAGUUCAUGAACGAUCUCAUUUGUACCUAUGAAGAUGUCAAGCUGUUAGCCAAAAAAGGAAUCAUCAAAGCAGACAACCCCUACCAUAAAGAGAAGUUGCCUACAAUCUUGAGCAAUCUGGCCGGCCAGGACAAGCACACCACUCCAAACCUCCACCUUUUGAGGAUCCAACUGAGAGACUAUAACAUUGCUCCCUGGGAAAGGUUCAAACUAUUGGCUAUCUUGCUUUUCAUCCUCACCUUAAUCCAGACAGUCUUUGCUGUGUUAGCUUACUUUAGACCCCCGCGCCAAUACCAAAACUGA